AACUCAGGCAGCAGCUGCUGUACUAGCGCGCAGCCGAUUUCCUUGGAAUUGCGAUUGUUUGGGCAGAAUAGCAGCGAACAAUUUCUUAAUCUCAUUGUUGAAUCGCACGCCGCGUAGUUUGGACCUAUAGUGCAUUUUUCAAACGUUUAUUGCUGCAGCAUAAUUACUACGUUAUGUUUUCAGUUUUGGCGUUUCGAAGUGUGUUCAUAAAUAAUCCGUAGCUAUGCUGGCGAUAUGUUUACCAAAUUACAUCGGUCGUUGUGACUCAAGUUGAAAUGCCUUGUGAAUACGUGGAUCGUGAGGAGAGUUCCACAGUGUUAUGUCGAUAAAGUCUUUUUCUUUUAGUAGAUAGUGAUUUUAGUGUAAAAUUCAAUUAGCAAAAGACAAUGUCUAGCACAGUUCCGACGAGUUCUGCCCUUAGGGCUUUGGCCUUAGAGUACAAGAGUCUGCAGGAGGAGCCCGUGGAAGGAUUCAGAGUGAAACUUUGUGGAGAAGACAAUUUGUUUGAGUGGGAAGUGGCGAUAUUCGGCCCCCCAGACACGUUAUAUCAAGGUGGCUACUUUAAGGCACAUAUGAAAUUCCCUACAGACUAUCCAUAUUCACCACCUUCAAUUAGGUUUUUAACGAAAGUAUGGCAUCCAAACGUAUAUGAGAACGGAGACCUCUGCAUAUCAAUCCUGCACCCGCCCGUGGAUGACCCGCAAUCGGGCGAGCUGCCGUGCGAGCGCUGGAACCCCACGCAGUCGGUCCGCACGGUGCUGCUCUCCGUGAUCUCGCUCCUCAACGAGCCCAACACCUUCAGCCCGGCCAAUGUGGACGCGAGCGUCAUGUACAGGCGCUGGCGUGACUCCAAGGGCAAGGAUAAGGAAUAUGAGAAUAUUAUAAGGAAACAAGCGCAAGUCGCGCGCAUAGACGCUGAAAGAGAAGGCAUCGUCGUGCCUCUCACUCUAGAAGACUACUGCAUCAAAACGCAAGUCAAGUCCACCACGCAAGAACCACAGCUGGACAUGACUGAUUUCUACGACGACGACUACGACGACCUUGACACGUCGGACGAGGAGAUCGAGCCAAUCGAGGCCGGCGAGGACGGCGAUGACAGCGGCAACGGCGAGUUGUGAGGCCCGCUCUCGCGAGGCCUACACACCACUAGGCAAAUAUAACCCCACAAGCCCCGCUGCAAAAAACUUUACACAAAGAAUAAAGUGCAUCUCAAUAGAUAUUUAAAUUUUUUGCAUGGGGGCUUAGGGGGUUAAACCACUGACUUUAUAUUAUAUGUGACUAAUAUCAACCUUAACUCGGGCAUAUAAAGUCUAUAUUUGUGCAAUAGCGAGUCAUGAAGCCUGCUGUAUCGAGGCCUACACUCCUCUAGGCAAAUAUAACCUCAGAAGCCCCGCAGCAAAAAAUACUUAUACUUAAAUUGGUAGUUACUUUUUCUGCAUGGGGCUUAGGGGGAAAGAACCACUGACUAUACAAUUGUGACUAUAACUGUGGCACACAAAGUCUAUAUGUACUUGUGCAACGGCGAGUCGUGAGGCGCGCUCCGUCGAGGCCUACACUCCCUCCACUAGGCAAAUAUAACUUCAGGAGCCCUGCUGCAAAAACCAUUUCUAUUGUUAGAAAGAAUAUCUGAACACGCCUCUAUUGUGUUCAGAUAUCUGUGAGCACCUUGGCGGCUCCGAUAUUAUAUCUGAUGGCGACUGUACCUACAUUUACGAGGCCUCAAACUCAUCCGUCAUUUGUUUUUCAAAAUGGCGCUUGCUGCCCGAAUGUAUAAGCGAAAGCCUACGGAGCAAAACAACAAAUGUGUGUAUAUUUUCGAUGACUAUUGGUUUGGCUGUAACUGGAUUGCCAAUCGUCUCCCAAUAAAAUGCUGCAAAAUGUAUAAAUAACACUGAGUAGUGCCGGUUCAGGUGUCAAAUUAAUACUCACAAAAUGAUAUUCCUGUCAGUACGUAAGGCCAGGAUCAAACUGCCUAGGGAAAAUUUCUUUUGUGAGCAAAAACAUAUCUUACAAUAUAAAUUUUCAGUUACAUUACUUGUAAAAAGACAAGAUCUAAACCAAUUAUAUUGUAAGGUGUGUAUUAAUUGCAAUAAAACUUAAAACAUCAUUGGGUCAUAUAUAUCAAACAUGAAUUAAAUGUAAAUAUUAUUCGUACAAAGUAACGACUUUGACCUAGUAAAUGAACUGAAGUAUAUUAGAAUCUUCGUAAACUAUACUAAACUAAAUCUAUUAAUUUAGUUAGUACGUCUCUACUUCUCAAGUACAAACUAUUGGUACAGUAGCAAGACUCCCUUGCUUUCACCGAUUUACUAUUAAUUUAAAUAAUACAGACUAUAUACCUCUUAAUAUAUUGUUUUGCUUACGGUUUCUUCUUUUCUUUUCGCAAUUUAAAACGGUUAGAUUUUUCUCAUUGUAUUGCUUACAACCUAUAAUAGCCUACAUAGUUACAUAUAGUUUCGAAUUAGGUAGCUCUUUCAUUUAAAAACCCCAUCUGAUCGAAAAUGAAAUAAAAUAAGUAAAGUCGAUGUUGAAUAAAUUACCAUUUCACCGCGUUAUCAAACCAGAUGUUCGCGUAAGCUUAGACUUGUAUUGUGAAUUAAUUAUAGCAACGAGUACUAUAAUAGUUCUAAUACUUAUUGACAUAACGGCUAUUUUCGACUGAUUGAUAUGCGUGCGCAGCGUGCGUUUUUCUUCUAUACUAACAUAACACGUGUCAAUAUUGCGAUUCGUUUACGGAGUUUCGUUGCUGCGCACUUUCUCUUGGUUCUAAUAUUUAAAGCAACGUCGUAUGUAGCAACAUUUUACUUUUAUACGUUUGUAACGCCAUUGCACUGCACUUCUAGCAAUUGAACCUUGGAAUCAAAUUCAAAUUUCAAGGCACGGUUUAUAAUUUCCUGCCUAAACUGUUUCUUAAACCAUUUUUUUAUUUGUAUUUUUUGUAGACACGCCCUUUUUAAUUGGGUUUUUAUUAACUUUCAUUGUACUGCAAAUUUGCGUGGGAAAAUUAUACCUACUUACAAAGCUCCUUUUUAUAACUACUUGCAUGUAUACAAACUGGCUUUUCAAUUACCUCCAACUAUUAACGUCACUGAGGGGCUACCGCGAAAACCGAUAUUCGCAAAUUGCGGGGAUCUUUCUCUUUUACUCCAAGGAAGGCGUAAUAAGAGUGACAGAGAAAAAUGCCCGCAAUUUGCGAACUUCGAUUUUCGCGGUUAUAGCCCUGAUUAACUAUUAACAGGCCCAAUGGCCAAUUUGUUCACGUUUUUCCUCUUUCUUUGUCCAUCUAUAUUACCUAUAAUUAUCCCUUUUCCGCCACAUCAAAACAAUGUAUCAACUAGGUACUACUUAAAUUUAAUUGUUACAGUUUUAAAUGGGAAUAUCUUGCCUGGACUUUCAAGUUGCAAUUGUUGCAAAUUAACGAUUGCCUUGUUUCUUCUUGCCGAUACAUUAGGGACUAAUAGCUACACUCUGAACUGACCUUUGAUCGACUUUAUGUCUUAGUAAUAAGGUAUACGAAUAAACCUGUACAUGACCAAUACAUCUGCAUUGAAUAAAUAACAUCCUAACAUGAUUUUUUGGCAUCAGUCGAGCCGUUCAUUUGGCAUUUGCUUGCGGUAAAAUGCAUUUAUUUUAAUAGUCGCUCUAUGUCAAACAGGGAUAGAUUGUACUUGUACACUAGUCGAAACAUCAAGACUUUUAGUUUAAUUGAACAGAUUAUACGUAAGACCUUAUAAGACAUCGAUAAUCACAUCGUAAAACGGACACAUGCAUUAUUUUAUCAUUUGCAAGCAAAAAAUUAAACUAAAUGCAUAUUGACAAGCUAAAUUCUGUACUCUCAGUGGUAAAAACACGGCAUGGCAGUGGGGCGUAUACGGCCGUACGAUAAUUUUAUAUCGGAACUUUUAUUGAGAGUAUUGACCCCCUCUUAUAAAAUAGGACUGGACUUUUGGAUGUAGCUCAACAUUUCCUUCAGUAGGAAGGACAAGCUACUAAAUGUUCAGCUACUUCCUAGCUACACUGCACUAACUUCUUAUCUUUACAAAGAAUGGCUAAGUGCAGUAGCCGCAAAAUGAUUUGAGAGCAUUGUCUGCUUAGAGCAUAAUAAAACUGAAAGGAUAUCUCUAUGAUCCUUUUGAGAAUAGUUCAUAACUUUGUACAUACUUGCAAUGGGUUGAGACGUAACUUUAGAUAUACUCAACGUUUAUGUGUAGUGGUAGGGGUACCUACAGUGAACUAUUUUGAAAACUAUCGUAGGGUGGGUUAGCAUGUCUGCCUUCAAAGAGUAGCAAAACUGAUCGCACGGGUUUUUAUCACGCAAUGGUCAUAUUCUUAGUAAUUGGUACAGCCUGUACUGUGCAAGUUUAGAAGAACCAAGCUCUACUGUGUGACCUGGUUUUCACCACGGUGCCAGGUGCGACAAUUCGACAAAUGUCACUGUUGCUGACGUCACAGGCAUCCACGGGCUACGAUUACCGCUUACCACCGGGCGGGCCGUAUUCCUGUUGUUCACCAUCAUUGUAUUAUUUAAAAAAACUUUAUUAUAUCGGCAAAAAAUAGGUAUUUCUCUUGCGAAGUUUAUGAUGAUGAUGAUGACAAUUGUCACAAGAUUUAAAAGACUUUUCGGUAAUUCUUGACUGGAAAUGAGUUCUCUGUCGGAAUUUCGUGACAAUUGUCGUGUUUCUUGUGACAAUUGUCAUUAGCUUCGCAAAAUAAGUACUUAUUUAUUGGCGAUAUAAUGGAGUUUUUUUUAAUUAAAAUGUUGGUGCCAAACAAGCACACCGCCCGUCCGAUGGUAAGCGGUUACCGUUGCUUAUGGAGGCCUGUGACGCCAGUAACAGUGAUGUCGACAAUUGUCACACCUGUCACCGUGGUGAAAUAGGGGCCUGCUAGCACCGUAUGGCAGUCAGUUUUACUAGCUCCGCAUGUUUUAGCGAUGCUUGAAACAAAAUAUAUUUUGAGUUGUCCAUACUUGCCUGAACCGGAUAGACAAUUUUACAAUUUAUGAAGUGAAUGAAUGGUGAAUAGAAAGCUUAUUUUUAUGAAGUUUAUGGCAAUAUGUUCCAUGCUAGUGCAGCUCGGAUAGACAACAUGAAGUUUGGAGAUUUAAAAUAUCGUUUGAGGGGUGAUAUUUCGAUAUUUUCAUGGUAUAAUAAUAUACUCCGCCUGGUACUCUCUUCCGACCACGUGACUGACACAAUUCUACGUCAUCAACAUCAUGCGACAGCGCUAUAUGAUAAUAUGCGACACCGCUAUAUAAAGUGGCAAUGUUAUUGUGACGUAGGCUUGUGUCACUCUGGGAAGAGAAGACCAUGUUUUAUUAGACUAUGGAUAUUUUCGAUCUUUGAACUUUGCGGUAUUGCAUCUAACUAGCAGGCACGUUUGCGUUUAUGUCUGUAGUAGUUGCUAAGCGGGCGAUAAGAUCAAAAUGAACUGAGCACAACUAUAUUGUCCAGCUAGUAAGAGCGUGUGCAGAUCAUUUGGACCGCCUCGCCCACUUAGCUUACUGAACAUAAACGCAAUCAUGCUCAGACUGUUUGUCUAUUCGACCAUUAUCUCGUAAUAUUAGUUAGCUUAUUUAAGAUUUAUUAGCGAAUUUUCAAAUGUCACUAUUUUUUAUGUAUUUUUGCUGUAUUUUGUCAUCACAAUUUGCUCCAACAAGUUGUCUUUAAUAAAUUAUAUUGAUUGAGCAUCUCUUUUUGGCUUUUUAAGAAUUGUUUAAUAUUAGUGUCCCGUACUAGAAUAGGUUGAUAUGUGUAAUGCACCAUUUUUGUCUGACACUAAUAUAGUAAACUUGUACAGAGAUUUAUAAUGAGUAUGCUCAAAACAUAAUUUAAAAAAUACCGUAAGUUUAUUAGAUUAACUGGCUACUGGUACUCUGUUGUAUCCAGUAUAGUAAAAUGCCUACCUGUAUGAUUUAAUUAUAACGAAAUUAUCUGUAAUGUAUAUUGUAAGUAAAAAUGAAUCUUUAUGGUUAGUGUGCACUAAGUUAACGGACUCAUUUAUUUGAACAACUAUUAAGAUCUAGAAAACUGAUAACAAAAUUGCUGUUUGCUUACAACUUAGAUUCUCAAACUUUGUCAAGUCUGUUUAAAAUGUUUAAAUUCUUAAUGCUGUAUGUGUUGGCUAACAAACCUCUGUUAAUCCUGAUGAUUCGUCCAGAAUUUGUAAACUUAAGUUACAUUGUAAGUGAUUUGGCAAAUCAAUGUAGGUAAAUUACACGAUGAGAAUGUUAAUUAAUUAUUAAUCAUAGAAUAACAAUAAAGUAAAAGCGUUUGGAUGCGAAA